AACUCGUUGGCUGUUUGCACAUGGUUGUCUCAGUAAUUGACACGUGUCCCGUUUCCUGCACGUGGCAAAGCUAGAACCUGUGCGUAUAUAAAAGCACCAUAACUGUCAUUUCCAAAUUAGAAGGCUCAAUCCAAACUUUAUCAUCAACUUUUGCAGGCAUGGCUCAAGCUCAAGACGUUAAGGAAACUGCAGAUAUUUCUAGCUUUGAUAAAUAUUUUGAGAUGAUUCAGUCGAGGAAAAAAUUGCCUCGUGCGUUACAGGAAACAUUAACAGCUGCAUUCCUGAGGAUUCCAGUUUCAUCUUUUCCACAAGUUCCAGGAGGCGAAGUGAUUGAAAUUAUGGCGGACACAUCUAUUACUGAUGCUGUGAAGAUUCUAUCAGAUAACAAAAUUCUAUCUGCUCCUGUCAAAAAUCCAGAUGCGGGUACAGAUACAGAUUGGAGAGAUCGGUACCUCGGGAUCAUAGAUUACUCAGCAAUUAUACUCUGGGUUCUGGAGACUGCAGAACUUGCAGCUGUUGCUUUAUCGGCCACCACUGCAACUGCUGCUGGGGUGGGUGCUGCAGCAGCUGGGGCUCUUGGAGCACUAGCAUUGGGCAUGACAGGUCCUGCUGCAGUUGCUGGACUAACUGUUGCUGCAGCAGGAGCUGUGGUGGCUGGUGGUGUAGCUGCAGACACAGAGAAAAGAAAAGAUGCUCCUACAGCUGCUGACAAACUUGGUGAAGAUUUUUACAAAGUUAUCCUUCAAAAUGAGCCAUUCAAGUCAACCACUGUAAGGUCACUGCUAAAGUCCUACCGCUGGGCACCUUUCAUUCCAGUUGCAACAGACAGUUCUAUGCUGAGUGUCUUACUGCUACUUUCAAAAUAUAAGCUGAGAAAUGUACCUGUAAUUGAACGAGGCAAGCCUGAUAUCAAGAACUACAUUACUCAAUCUGCAGUUGUUCGGGGUCUGGAAGGAUGCAAAGGAAGAGAUUGGUUUGACUGCAUUGCUGCACAGUGUAUUGCAGAUCUGGGACUUCCUUUCAUAUCUUCUAAUGAGGUAAUCAGCAUUCAGAGCAAUGAAUUGGUUCUUGAAGCUUUUAAGCAAAUGAAAGACAAUCAAAUUGGUGGGAUUCCAGUUGUGGAGGGACCAAAUAAGAAGAUUAUCGGGAAUGUAAGCAUACGGGAUAUCAGACACUUGCUGCUUAAACCAGAACUGUUCUCCAAUUUCAGGGAGCUCACAGUCAGAGAUUUCAUGAAUACUAUCGUAUCAACUACCCAAGAUUUUGGCAGGGUGUUCCCACCAAUAACAUGCAAGCUGGAUUCAACGCUCGGCAGUGUGAUCCAAACACUUGCUUCCAAGUCUGUUCACAGAGUGUAUGUAGUAGCUGAGGAGGAGGAUGAACUUGCAGGUGUAAUUACCCUAAGAGAUGUGAUCUCUUGCUUCAUAUAUGAGCCUCCCAAUCAUUUCGACGAACAUUUUGGAUUUUCACCCAAAGAAAUGCUGAGUAGAUGAUGGUUUUGUUGUUAUAUUUUUUUACAUCAUAAACAGACAGGAUGUUCUCAGAAUUGAAGUUGUUCUUGUUUCAUGUAGUUUCUUUUCAUGUUAGCCCCAAUUGAAAUUCCAGGGAGUUUCCUCAA